GUCCAGACAGAGAGGAGGAACAAGCAGAACGACAGGGACCGGCUCAUCCACUGGACAUGACGCUUUUACAGAUAUAACAGACCUGAAGUGAACAGUUCAGGAUACAUCACUGGUAGAUUUUGCUUUGAGGUCUGGUUAGAGACCAUCUGGAGCUAAAUCUACACGCCGACGACUUUGGAAAUGGAUUCCCUCAUGUCGCUGGGAGCUCCGCUGAAGCAGUUCACCAGCUGUGUGUCUGGCACCAAAAACACCAAGAAGAGAGGAAGAAGCCAGGGGAGCCAGUCCGUCCGCAGGUUCAGCUUCACCCGCAGGAAGAGCGUCAGCCGGAGGAGAAGCCUUCCCUGCAGCAGCCAGAAGGUUCCAGAUUCCUGGCUCAGGGUUUACCAGGAGGAACUGAAGAAGGAGAGGAAACGUCAGCAGGCCAUGCUGGCCAAGAAGAACGCUGAGAGAAAUGUACGGAGCACUCACUUCAGGAGCCACCACUGCCUUCCAAGGCACACCCCUGCAGCCAGGAAACCAGCACCAGCAAAGGAUGACUCGUUCUUCGGAGCCUUUCAGGGCCUCAGUCUGGACGGGCUGACCGGAGGCGCCGCCGGAUCUCCUGCAGUCUCUGCUUCUGCUGCAGGCGGAGAGCAGUGCAAAGUUAUGUGACGUGCAUCUGCUAAGGACAGUCAGCAGCUCUGGGAAGAUUCCUUACCAAGGAAUCCUGCUGCAGAAAUCUGUUUAAAGUGACUGAUUUUGUUUUGUAAAGGAAGGAAGGAAAACGGCUUGUCGUUUGACAUGUUUGUGCACUUGAAGUCUUUUGACUGUAUUCAUGCAUUUGCCAACCAUACAAUAAGUUUAUAAAUGUAGUAUUUUUUUUAUAUAUGCAAACAAAGAUUUUUUAGGUUUGUAGCUUAAAAUCUGUACCAGAUCAUAACUGUUUGUAUUUCUAAUUAAAUAUAAACUGUAAAGACUACA